AGACGUGUUGCCCCGUCAGCCAAUUAUCUAUCCAUGGCAGCAGCCAAGCCACAUUUCUGCCUUGAGCCUUGAAUUGAAGCCAUUCAUUUCAUUUCGCAUCAAACAAAACCAACCCCACUUCAACCCUUCAACCCUUCAACCCCUUCCUUUCUUGUCAAAUCAAAGCUGCCUCUGACAAAAACACAUGUGAUGAACAAAGAAUCACAAUUCAUAAUCACAAGCCUCUUUUGAGCCUUUUCCCUUCCCUUUCCUCUUCUGCACUUGUUCUUCGCACCUCUCUGAAUACACUAAACGACAAAACCCACCGAGAUCAUCCUCUCUCUCUCUCUCUCUCUCUCUCUCUCUCUCUCUCAUCAGUCGGUCGGUGUUUUUUUUAGUGGCCGAAUUGAAAGCCACCGUUUAAUAUCACGCUUCACUCACUUGUCACACGCAGUCCUAAAAUCUCUCUUCUAUAAUGGCGUUCAUCUUCACACGCGUCUCUUAGAGAGGGCUCAGCCCAGUACAAAACCAAAUGCAUAAGCCUUGCUCUCGAAGUAUCCUCUAUUACCAUUAGCAUUACUUGCCCACAAAGCGAAAUACAGCCAAAGACCCACACUAUACAUUCCACCUUUGAAAUCCCAGCUCCUAUUUAAACAUUCCCUUCUCUCUGUUCUCUUCUUCCUUGUCUUAAAAUCCCACACAACCAACCCACCUUCCCUGUUUUGGCCUUUUCUUUUCUAUGACUAACAGGUCCGACAGCGGCUCAAUAUCAAACAUAUUCGGGGCAUUCUUUGAAGCCUGGCUGGUUCGCCAAGAACAUUUCUUAGACGAACUUCUCUCGGCCCAACAACGAAUCAAUGAAGCCCGAGACGAAGACCUCAGAGAUUUGGUGUAUCGGGUUCUUCUUCAUUAUCAGCAGUACUAUGACGAAAAAUCGAGGAUUGCCCAGCGCGAUGUUUUCCUAGUGUUUUCUCCCCCGUGGUUCACUUCGUUCGAAAGGUCCCUGCUUUGGAUAGCCGGGUACAAACCGGGUCUCGCAUUCCGGCUCCUGACCGAGUCGGUGCCCGAUUUGUGCGACGGGCAGCGGGUCAGGAUGGCCCGGCUGAUGGAGGAGACCCGGGUGGAGGAGCGCGCGCUUAACGACAAGCUGGCGAAGAUUCACGAGAGCGUGGCAGCGCCGCCGCUGGUGGAUGUGGCGCGGCGGUACGGGAGGUUCGCGAACGGCGAGAUCGUGGAGGAGGACGUGGCGAUCGAUGAGUUGCAAUCGGCAUUGGAGUCUGUGCUGGCGAAUUCGAACUUGCUGAGAACCACGAUGGCCACAAAGCUGGUGGAUAUGCUGAGCUCGGCUCAGGCGGUGAGGUUUUUGGGGGCGGUGGCGCAGUUUCAGCUGAAAAUUAGGAGUUUGGGUUUGGAGCGAGACGCCAACAAACAGAGGGAAUUGAAUGGCGGUGGUGGUGGUAAGAGUCCAAUUGGUAAUUGAUAAAAAAAGGAAAGGGAAAGUGUAUCGUUAAUUAGGAAAUGGAGUUUGUUAUUUUUGAAGAAAAAGUAAUGGUGGGUUAGUUAGUACCAUUGCAAGCUUCGAUGAAAAAUUGUUUAAGGUGAGGCUUAAUGUUGCUUAAUUUAUCUAAAUGGAAUAUAAUCAUGGUGAUUUCGAGUUGAAUUAUGUA